UUUUACGGAGGGCAAAUUCGGCAUCACCCAAUAGGUCCACUAACCACAUAAACUAACCAGGAGUAAGUACAAAGGUACUAGUUUAUCUGACAGUAGCUAACUGGGAGAAAGUACCACACGAGUGACUGCAGCACGCCAUCCUGUGGACAGAAAUGAACCGUAGUACUGAAGAGUCAACAGGUCUUGACCCAGCCGUGCUGAGAGGCCAACUCUUCGAGCUAUGGAACCGGAAAGAUCUGCAGACGCUACAUUUGGCAGCUGUCCAGGGAUUUUCGAAGCUGUCUGAGCCUCUGGAGGCCUUACUAACAAUCCUGGAAGGCUGUCCAGGCAAACAGAAGGGUCGGAGCCACACCCUCGGCUAUCACAUCCUCAUGGAAUUCCAGACGUGGAUGAAGGAACAUCCUCAGGUGACCCUGAAUUCACUCUCAGAGCAGCAAGCCCUGGAACUCCAGCACCGUGCUCUGAGCUUAGUAACAGAUUGCCAGCCCACCUUUGUAGAGAGCCUUAUAAACAUCUACCACCUCGGCUCUGUGGACCCGGCCAUACUCCGACUACACAUUGUAAGGUUACAGGCCCUCAACUGCUACAAAGAGGCAGCAGUGCUUGGUAUAAAGCUUAAAUUACAGAAGGAGCUGAAUAUGGAGGAGGUGUGUGUGCCGUUAAUCCUACAGGACAAACUGCCACUGGCAGAGUCCUUUGUCACAGGCCACAAUCAUCUAGAACAACGACUCGUCACACUGCUCGACUCCUGGUGCCACCCCAACUUCAGUGUAGAAGAGAUAAGCAAGCAGUUCCCUCGCCUCACUCUGUCCAAACACUGUAUGAGCCAGAUCCAGCCCAAGAUGCUCACCAAACACAUCUUACGACUCGUGGAGAAAUUCAACAUUGACCAAGGACUGUGUCCCAAUGCUCUUCAUAAGAGGAGACUGGACUCUUUACGAUUCCUCAUGUACAAGAGGUUUGUGGAGAAAAGCAUGACAGAGGAGAACUGGAGUGACCACGUACAGUAUGUAGUGGCAGAUGACCUCGAGCUGCAGAUAAACUUGGUGGAGAUGUUGGUGAAGUACAGUGGUCUCCAGAAAGCCUCUCAGUGGUCACUGAGAUACAACAUUCCCAGACACCGACUUCCCUGUGGGGUAUGGGAAACACAACAGAGUCUACCUCCUGCUUUACAACAUAUAUGUCUGAGUGAUUCAGCAAAAAAUGAGAAUUGGACGCCAUCUAAGUCUCACUGUCAGAAGUUCUACCAGGCGCCACUCACCAGAGACAAGGUUCACUUUGUGGACACGCCAGAAGCUCUCCAGAGAUGUCAAGACAUUGUGCUCAAGGAAGGUGGUGUAGUAGGAGUUGACAUGGAGUGGCAACCUACAUUUGGCUGCAUCUCAACCCAGCGAGUUGCCCUGAUACAGCUUGCAGUUCUUGACCAGGUGUUCUUAUUGGACCUCUGUGCAAACGGAUUCUGUCAACACCCAGAUACUGUCAGUUUCAUCAGGAGCUUUUUCUCCAAAAGAAACGUCCUUAAACUGGGGUAUGGUAUGACAGGGGAUCUUAAGUGUCUCUUUGCCACCUGGCACCAGUUUUUAGAGGAGCCACUGAAGAUGGAGGGGGUGCUUGAUCUUCUGAAUAUCCACCAAAAGAUCCAGCGUGGUAAAGUCAACAGGACUCAAAACGGCCCUAAAGAGGUUCUGGUUGGAGAAGACUCUGCAGAGAAAGGCCUCAGUUUACUGGUACAACAGGUCCUGGGAAAGCCCCUGGACAAGACAGAACAGAUGUCCAACUGGGAAAAACGUCCACUGCGCAUCAGCCAAAUUAGAUAUGCAGUGGCAGAUGCCUACUGUUUGCUGGACCUGUACUCUGCCCUCUCCAGCAACCCAGCACGCUUUGGGCUGCCAGCUGACCUGCGCAGCAUCUCUUCAAGCCAAUCAGAGAAGAGCGCAGACAAGACGCAGAAGGGGAAACAGACCAAGCAGAAGAAACAGACCCUUGGCAAAGAGGAAUGUCAGGGGGCUCAAAGGGUCAGUCCCCCUCGCCCCGACACAGAGAAAAGCCUCCUGUGUGGCGAGAAACCCUCAGAAGAUUCCCCCACGCUGCCCCCCCAGCAGUUGCGGGUGGUGUGUGACAACAUGCUGCAGGGACUUGGGAGGUACCUGCGCUGUUUAGGAGUCGACGUGGUCAUGCUGGAGAACACUGAUGAUCACAGAGUAGCAGCAAAGUUAGCACAAGCUGAAGGCCGUGUCAUACUCACAUGUGGACAACCGUUCCAAAGUUUGCGUUCCCAGGUGGGUGAGGGUCGCUGUCUGUCCCUAGACUGUUCAGAAAAGGCCAGAGACCAGGCCGUUCGGGUCCUCAAACACUUCAAUGUCCAGCCCACGCCCAGUGAUAUAUUCAGCCGCUGCCAGGCAUGUAACAGUGAUCAGUAUGUGGCAGUGCCCAGAGAGGACAUGUCCAGGAUGCUUAAACAGAAAGGAUUCCUGCAGGACCAGGACAACACUGACCACACACAACAGAGGUCCCAUCGACAGGAAGAGGAGAAGCGCGAUGACAUCUUGACCCCCUGUGCGACCCCUGAACUUCCCAGGUAUGCCCUUCAGUGUCGCUGGGCCCCCCUUUCAGGGCUGGACCCCGACACCCUGACCUUUCCCGGGGGGGCACCCAUACAGCUCCAUACCGUGCCCCCCACCCUCCUGCCGAGAAUACCGCUCUUCUAUGUCUGCACCAGAUGUGGCAAGGUGUUCUGGGAGGGCUCUCACUUCGGCCGCGUCCUCUCCAUGUUUCAGGAGGUUUUACACAUAACAGACGAGGACAGUGAAUCAGUUGCAGGGCCUGUUACAGCAGCGCAACAGAACUGACUGACGUAGAGCUCCUACAGUUUACGUAAACCAAAAAACAAACAGAAUUACAUUUUACACAUGUAGCAUCCAGCGGACUGAUGACUGAAAAACUGCCUCAUAACAGUCGGUCUGUUUCUCCUUUUUCUAAUUGACUUGAUAACAUAAUAAAAGACAAGUGACAAGUGAGAAGCUUCAACAGCAACAUCACGUUUGUGUUGAUCAGUUUUAAAUCUUUUAAAACUUAUUUUAAUUUCAAUGAACCAAAGACAGGUCAUGGUCAUGUCUUGACUUCCUCAUUUUUUGUUGUUGAUUGUAUUCAUCAUUACACCAUGGCACUUUUAUGGUGAUUGAUGGUUUGGGUCGUAUUGACAUCAUUUGAGUUACAAUACAUUAAUUCCUCAAGAAAACUUUCAUUUUUAGGAAUUAUAUCUUCAAACUAUAAAGCACAUUGACAGUACAUGUACUUGUGCAGUACGUGGUUUGAUGUUAAGUUUUAUCAAUAAUUUCUAUGACAUUCUAUUUGAUGGACUUAAAAUCCACAGUUAAAUGACGACGGGUUCUGCGUUUUUAGCAGUCUGUGAUACUGUACACUUUGAUUCUCUGUGUUUACAUGUAUAUAAUUUCUAAUUAUUCAAUGGUAGCUGAAUAUGUGUUAAUAAAUAGAGUCUUUGUUUCAUUUAUCUUUUA